CUGAAUUAUUACAUUACUUCUUAUUUUUGUCAAACAGGGACAAAAGGCUAUAUCAAAAUAAGCAAAACUGGUAUUCGAUUUGGCUCCUACACUUAUUACUGCAGACGCGGCAACCGCCACCGAAAACGCUGGUACUGUAAACACAGGACCAUUACUAAAUGUUCAGCUUUACUUAUCAGUAUAGGAGACGAUAUUGUUGGAACACAUGACGGGCAUAACCAUUAG